CCGCCCUGGUGUUUUUGUGUUCCCAGCUCCUGGGGAAAGCCACCCGAUUUCUUUACCUGGUGGUCUUUUACCUUCGGGCCGGGAGAUCUCCAGAUCCCUCUCUGGACGUUUGGCCGCGUAGUACGGCGACGGGCGCGUGGGAGCUGACGCGGGUGGAGCGAUUGUGAUAAGGUUGACAUUGAUCGGGGGCGGCCAGACGCGAGACACAGUCACCAGCGCGCGCUGCAGGCCCCGUCCGGGGAGCCCGAAAAACCUGCGGUCCAUCAUGAAGUUCCAGUAUAAGGAGGACCAUCCCUUCGAAUAUCGGAAAAAGGAAGGUGAAAAGAUUAGGAAGAAAUACCCGGACCGGGUGCCGGUCAUCGUGGAGAAGGCUCCUAAAGCCAGGGUCCCUGAUCUGGACAAGAGGAAGUACCUUGUGCCCUCUGACCUCACCGUUGGCCAGUUCUACUUCUUAAUCCGGAAGAGAAUCCACCUGAGACCUGAGGACGCCUUAUUCUUCUUUGUCAACAACACUAUCCCUCCCACGAGUGCCACCAUGGGCCAGCUGUAUGAGGACAACCACGAGGAAGACUAUUUUCUGUAUGUGGCCUACAGUGAUGAAAGUGUCUAUGGGAAAUGAGGCAGAAGCCCAGCAGAUGGGAGCACCUGGACUUGGGGGUAGGGGUGGGGUGCGCGUGGGACUUGGGGAACCAGAGGGAGGGCUCCCAACCAUGGAGGAGACGCAAGGUGAAGACAUCGGAAAACAUCACACCGUACACACUGUCGUCUUUUUUUCACAAGCUCAAUUGUUAGUUUUCUCCGCUUCCUCAGCCCAGGAAGAACUUGUGUUGGAUUGGCUGUGAGAGCGGGAUGGGGACGACAUCAUUCACAGCCUUCCUGUGAGUUUUCGUGCGGUUUCAUGAGAAGGUUGGGAGGAGGGCAGGUGGCCACUAGAGAAGAAUACAGUUCAGCAGCAACUCCUGUCUCUUUGGGCAGAGGUUUGAUUUUUGGUAUUUGCAUAGGCCACAUAGAGAAAGGGGGAAAAAUGCUUUAGGAGCUGUAGGGGACCAUACCUAAGGGACCAAAAAAUACCCACUGUCAAUGAAGCAUUGUGACCCCCAACUUCUGUCUCCAAUUCCUCCCUCUCCUAAUCCUUUUCUUCCACACAAGUGUCACACACCGCCCCAGGUGUGGCAGUGGACGUUUGCACAGACUUUUAGAUGGAGUCCUCUUGGGAAAUAGGGUUGUGCGGGAACGUGGUUGUGACUGCCCGUAGUUUGGAUGGCAUUAAACUGGAGUUCAGGGUUGAACAUCUCUUCUUCUCAUCCCAUAAGUACCUUAGAAUUUCAGGAGCCUCAGGAUCAGUCCUUUAGCAUUUCCUUCAGCUUUCUCAUGUACAGGGACAGAGUGUCUACUGGAGGGUCCAGGUUACAAGGUAAGCUAGAUUACACACCUGCCACUUAUCCUCCCCCUGCUGCGGGCUCUUCAGUCUCACACGCACCGGAAUGCUAAGUGAUGGCCAGCUGUUUCCCUCCAUGCUGUCUGCUGUUCAGAAAAGAUGGAGUGAGGACUCCAGCGUUUCAUGGGGCUUUUACUCAUUCAUUUUCAUCUAGGGGCUAUGUGGGGAGGGGGCGGGAGCAGGAAUCGCAUUCACACAUGACAUUUCAAUUCAUCUCUAGAAAUGAAGAGCGUCCUCCCUGCUGGGAGCAAUCUGUCUGUCUGCCUUGUCAGCUGCAGGUUCUGAUACUUUGAAGUCAAUGCUGUCAGGCCAGGGAAAUAAAAUAACUGCUUACCUUAAAAAUCCA